AUGGAUAAAUUAGGAAAGACUACGUUAGGAAACACUAAUGCGAAGGACUGUAAACUGAAUGAUGAUAUUUAAUUAAUUAUGAGUAAGCAUAAAGAUGUUCCUCCAGAGGAUAUUAGGCCUUUAAAUAUAGAAAUCUAUUAUACAUAAGACCACAUAGUAGGAUUUUAGAGUGUUUACUAAUUGAUAGAUUAAAAAAAAAAGAAUAACAAAAAGAGAAAAAUUAAUGACAAAAUCACAUUUGAGUUAGAAGGACAUAAAUCAAAAGGUUCUAAAUUUUUCAGUGUUUAAAGCGAAGUAAUAAAUUUAGGGCCACAAGAGAAUAUUACAAAAAUUUUUGGCAUUUCAACUGAUCAAAUAGAUAAAAUUUCUUUUACAACAGAUUAAGGAAGAAGUUUUAAUUUUCCUCCAAACAAUCCUAUUAAUCCUAAGCUACAAUUAAAUAGAUAAUUUUAUUUCGAGCUUCCUGUGCAAUCAAAUAUUGUUGGAUUCAAAGUAGGCUACUCAAGAUUCCUAAAUUACUUAGAAAUUAUGUACAACAUUAAUCAAUCUUAAUAAUAAAAAAAUUAAAAUUUUGCAUUGAAUUUAAGCUAAAACCAAAGCAACAUGCAAGUUUCCUAAAGUAUUCAAAAUUAGAAUAAUGGCUUAAAUGCCAAUAAUGUGCUUCCCAAUUAGUAAAUGAAUUUAUUUAAUUAAAACUCUCAACAAAAAUAUGGGUAACCUGCUUUAUAAUAACCAAAUUUUAAUUAUCCACCAGCUCCUUAAAACUAACCACAACCUGAAUAAUAAAAUGCACUAUAUAACUAUCCUACUGAAUCUUAGAUAAAUAGUCUAAGUAAGCCUUAAGCUACUGUCUAAUAAAAUAAUAUUAAUAAUCAGCAAUACUAAGUAUCAAACAACCAAUUUUAACAAAAUAACUUUUAAAAUAAUCAAUACAACCAUUAAAACAUUUACUAACCUUAACAAAAAUAUUAACAAUAAUAAAAUUUGUUUCCUUCUCUAAAUUAAAUGAAUCAAAAUUAAAAUUUUGGCUAAUAACAAUUUAUCUAACAACAAUAACUGCAGUAAUAAUAUUAUCCACCUGCACCUCCACCACCUGUAGAUCAAUCUUUUUUUGAUUAUCCUAUGGCACCUUAAAAUAACACAAAUUAAAAUCAAAGUUACCAAAAUACAAUUUAAAGGUCUAAUACUAUGCAGAUUUCAAAUAAUUAUGAAGGAAGCAAUAGAUAUGGAAACAAUAAUUUUUUAAAUGGAGCGGGCUUGAUUAGCAACAAUCAAAAUUAAUUUAAUUAGUAGAAUGGUGGAUUAUAUAACUAAAAUAUCCCUUUAAUGAGAGGGUAAUCGCUUUAAGUUUAACCUAUUAAAGAAAAUAAUGAGGCAUACAUUGCAUAAGAACUAAGAAGGAUAUUAUUCUCUGAAAAUCUUCUUGGUAAAUUAACUAUAAAAGAGCAUAAAGUAAUUUAAAAUCAGUCUUCUCUUAUUGGAAUGGUAGUUCCUGCUCAUGUGGCUUAUAUUAUUGAGGUAGAGAGUACUAUUUAACCUAAUCAAGAAAAAGUCCUUGUUGAGAGAAGAUAUAAAGAAUUCAAUGCUUUGAGAGAAUGUCUGAUUGAAUCACUUCCUGGAUUACCAAUACCUUUGAUUCCUGUUAAAUAACUAGGUAAAAAGAUAGAUGAUAAAUUGAUAUUAGAACGUAAAGAAGAGCUGUAAAUAUUCCUUGAUGAAAUCGUAUUUUUCAACCCUAUUUUUAAAUUUAAGGGAACUUAGCUCUUCUUAGACCCAAAAAUAAACACUAAAACUUUAUUAAGCGAAUUAGAAAAGAUAAAAGAUUCUGUUUCUGGAAAGAAUUAAAAAUUAUUACUCGUUGAUUAUAAAAGAAUUUUUGCCUGCAUUGAUAGCUAUCAAUUAAAGCAAAGUAUGAUAGAUGAAGUUGAAGGAUUCAAAAACAUGAUAGUAAAAAAAUAAGAAAAACUUGAGAAAUUAGUAAAUAAAGCUCAGUAAACCAAAGAAAUGAUGAAUACUUAUUAUAGCUUCUUGAAUAAUUUCAAAAAAAAUUUUAUAAAAGACUAUGAAGAGCAAGUCCUGUAGGGAUAUAAACUUAUUGAUGGAAAAUAGCUUCAAGUAUAAAAUUAGAAUAAAUAAUCUCAAAUGAGCGAUUAAGACAUAAUGGUUUAGCAAACUCAUAUUAGUAGUUAAAGAUUUAUCCUAUAAUACAAUAUUAUACUUAGAGAGCAUAGGAUAUUAGCAGAGUUCAUAAGAUUAUUCUCUUUCUAAAAUUAGCUUGUUUAAAAUUAUCUCAAGCAAUCUUAAAAAUUGCUCAAAACGAAAAUUCAAUCAGAGUCUAUCGAAAUUUAAACUGAGAUGAAUUACAAUAAAUGGAUGGAGCUUUUCAUCACUAAAAUUUUAUAUUUCUUUUACAUCCCUUUCCAUAAAAGAGACCAGACAAAAAGAUAUCUAAAAACAGUUAGCGGUGUUUCAGAAAUUGAGAAGUAAAACAAUGACAACAUGCGCUAAUACUGGAUUUUUGUAAUGCUUAGAGAGUAAAUUGAAUUUGAAUAAGUAUAGGCAUAGUACAAAGAAAAAGAUGACUAUUUAGUAGCUCUUAAGGUAUAAUCUGAGAUAAAAAAGGAAGAAUAAAAAAAAAAAUUAUUCUAAUAAACUCUAUAAAUGCAACAGUAAAGUUAAUAAUAAGAUACUGGCCAUAACUAAAUGAGUUAGUAAAAUUAAUAAUAACAAUAAUUACUAUAAAGUUAAUAGCAUUAGCUAAAUAAUUAUUAAUGUCUACCAAACGAUAAUUAAUACUUAUAGUAAACUCUAGGAAAUCCUGCAGGUGUUGAAGAUUUAUACAAUUACCCACCAGCCCAAUCAGAUUAAACCUAGCAUUAAGAUCCAAAUACAGAAAAUCACAUGCAAUUAUAUAGCUAAUUAACAGAAGAAUAAAAAAAUAAUUAAAGUUCAUAAUAGUACAGUAAUUAUUUCUCUCAUUAUUAAAAACCUUAGCAGAGCCAGCUAAGCUAUAAUAAUGUAAUGAGCUAAAUUAAAAACUAAAUUUCUAAUACACCUCAAAAUAGCUAACAGUAAGUGAUAAGCCACUAGAAUGAAAAAGAUUAAGAAUUCAUGAAUGAAUUUGUUUAAUAACAAGCUAAUUAAGGAUAGCUAUUUGUGAGCUCUUAGCCAAACAAUCAAGCAAAAUAAAAGCUGAUAAACUAAAAAAAUGAUGAUGUUUUCCAACAAUUAUUUUUAGAGCAACUAUAAAUAAAUGAAAUUUCAGUUGAUUAAAUAAAUAAUGAAUAGAAUAAUGCAGACAUAAAUCAUGAGGAAAAUUAGUAAAAAGAACAAGAAAAUUAAUAAUUUUUAUAAUAACAACAGUAUUAACAACAUCAAAAUUAAUAAUAAUAUGAAUAUCAAUAACAAUAAUAAGAAGAAGAACAAGUAGAAAGAUAAUUACUUUGCGAAUGA